AUGACGUUCAACUGCGCGUCCCGUGUGCCACACACCACACUGAAAGCUUCUGAUGGUGGCUGGGCGAUUGUAACAGCAUCUGGGGUACGGGAAGGCACCCCCACCAUUCCUCUGAGCCAGCUGCAGCAGCACUCCCUGGCCCUCCAGGGGCAGCAUGGUCAGGCCCUGGCCGCCGCCCUGCAGCCACAGCAGGGACAGCAGGCUGUCUUCCGCUUCCCUGCUGCUGUCUCCCUCACAGGAGCAGGGGUUCCCCAGCAGCUCCAGGCUAUCCAGGUUUACCCCAAUACCCAGUCCACCUCCAACAGCGACAGCAGUCCUGACAUCUCCCACACAUCCACAAACUCCACUGCAACAGUGAGUCUCCCAGCAACCAUCGUCACCUCGUCAGUGCCAACAUCUGUCGCAGGUCACAUGAUGUACCCCAGCCCCCACACAGUGAUGUACGCCUCCACGCCAGGGCUGGCUGACGGGGGGUUGGCCGUGCUCAACGCCUUCUCCCAGGGCACCUCGGCCAUGCAGGUGUCCCAUGCACAGGCCCAAGACACAGGUGCUGUCCCUCAGGUGUUCCUCACAGCACCUCCAGGCACGGUGCAGAUCCCCGUAUCAGCGGUGCAGCUACACCCAAUGGUGAUUGGCCAGCAGUCGAGCGGCAGCAGCAGUAACCUGACGGAGCUCCAGGUGGUCAACCUUGACGCAGCACAGAACUCAAAGAGCGACUGACAGACGGCUGGAGCUGUUCAAGACGGCAGAACCAGGGACACACAGACAGACGGACUUUCUGACAUCUCUAUUUAUUGAUGCCUUCCUACAGAGUUUCACAUUACACUUCUGAAUGUGACUUUAAAGUACAUACAGUAUAUAAACACACAAUCAAGGGCAUAUGUGUGGCUGACCCUUAUACAGUAUGUUUUGGUAUAUAAAUAUAUAUAUAUAUUCGCAAAUGCAUAGGAAAUAUAUCACAACAUCCAUCAUCGGAAGCUAUUUUCUAUGCCGUUAGAUGGUGUUAUUAUUUUUUGUGUGUGAGUGUGUUUUUUUUGAAAAUGUGUAAUUACAUGUACACACACACUGCGAGGUGCCACAGCUUCACACCAGCCAAAGAGACAUUUGUUUGUCUGAAUGUUCCAGUGUGAGCAACUUGUGCACAAGCGUGUGUGUCUGUGUGUGCGCGCAUAUCUGGGGUUUGUAAAUUGGCGGGGUGACGCUUAUUGACUUAAAAAAAGAGAGACAUUUGGAAAUGUACAUAGUUCUUUUUUUUUUUAAUUGAUAACUUGUAUUUUUAGCCUGGUUUAGUUUGUGCGACGGCAUGUAGUUGUUUUUUACGUAGUGGUUUUGUAUGUACAUGAAAAUGAUUUGCUUAAAGAAAAUGAAUUAUUUACAUGGAUAUGUAAAUUAAUUUAUAUACCAUCAUAUGUUGAUAUACUGUCAUGCUGUUGGGAGUUUUCACUACAGGAUGGAGGAAGAACGCUGGAUGUUUUAUUUUUAUUGUACAUUUGUAGGAUUGUCCCAUAAACAGGAUCAAGAAGCUGGGUCACAUGUAAAACAUACAAUUAUUUAUGAUUUAGUGUUAACAUUUUUUUUUUUUUUAAUUUUUUUUUACAGCUGAUGGCAAGAUCAUUAUCAUAGUAUAUCAUCAAUUUUGCAUGGGAGUUUUCCUAAUGAAGCCCUGAUCUGGCACUUUCUUUGUGUGGAAACUUGACAAUCUGAUGGAAAUGAUUUUCAUAUAUCUCAACUUUUAGCGGAAUGCUAUCUAUACUUUCAUCUGCGUUCGCACACAGAAUACAAAGUGAUAUUUAAGCUUCAGUUUGUUCACUUGUUUUUAAAUGCAACAGUUGACUUGAUCCUUCUGAGAGUGCCAAACAGGUUUUCGUGACAUCAGAUAACUACAUAAACCUUAUUUUGUUUAAAAGGCGAUCCAUUGUAAACCUGUCGCUCUGAUCUGCCUCCAUUUGACUGCAAAGCUUCAAUUAUGUGAUGCUAAUACUGAUUUGAGUCAGGGCAUUGAACACAAACCUCUUGUAUAACAAGACACUGCAGAUUACUUAGCAAUUCCACUUCAAUAAGAGUGCUGGGGGAUGAUGUUUUAGUGUAGGCCAACGUGGAAGUUAGCGUCACACUGGUUCCUUCGUCAAAAGUCCAUGGGAUUUUUCCUUUGGAUUUUGGAAAUUGUAGAAAAUAAGCUCUGGGGCAAACAAACGUUUAUGAUACUUCCAUGUUUUGUUAAGCAAUAUAAUCUUUGGGAAUGAACACCACUUUUAUGAUAUUUGAAGCGUAAAUGCAAUCACCAGAAGUAAAAUGCUAACGUUAGGCUAUAAAUGUACUACACCACAGUAGCAUUGCCGUCGCGAGACUGUGAUGCAGUGUUUGGCAUGAUGAUGGUUCUAUAGUUUCAUUUAGCCACUUGCUAAAAAAACAUCUUUUUUGUUUUAGGACAUGAAAGCUUCAUAGUUCACAAGUGGGGAAUUUAUGGAUAGACUUUGUUUUCAUAGAAAAAAAAGUGUAAGUCUCCUAAGCGUGUGUUAACAACAGACCUCAUUUCAGACAUAACCAAAACCACAUUAAAAAUAAACCCAUAAACUUUGAGAUGGGGGAACUGGGAGUGGUAAAAUGCUAACUCAUUUUCGAGUUUUGGGACUCAUUCUCGCACCAAUUUAAUACUCCACUUCGAUACUGCAGUCAAAGCAUUAUUGUUUCCUUUUGUGGAAGCUCUUGGUGUUAUUCAGUGCAGUCUCAACGCUGCAGUAUUACAACAGUAUGGAUAUUUUUGUACAACCAAGGAUCUCUUAUUUAGGAAAAGUAACUUCAGGUGCUUUAAAAUGUUAAUAUACUCCUUUAACUACAACUGUAAAACCCUGGCUGACUGCAAUCUCAGUGUGUACCUCAGCAAUCAUUAAGAAUGAGUUAUUAGACUGAGAGCCUUCUUUCUGCACCAUAGUGCCUCUUUUCCAUGGCUGAUUUCUAAAUCACUGCUAGGCGAGGGAAAUGUAGGAUUUACUUAUUUCCAGACCACCUCACAUGACUUUGGACUUUUCAUACAAUCCUGUGCUGUGCCCAGAGAGUGAGAUUUUUUGACUCAUUUCUACAGAAUUAGGUGGAUGACUGAGCAUGCUGGCUCGAAGCCAAAGAGAAUUUGACGGAGGAUAAAGUACCCGUGCUGACUGCUGUUCAGUUCUCCACUGGUCAUUUUCACGCUUGGUGUUCUCUGGUCUGUUCUUGUGCAUGUCACAUCAUCCUGCAAGUUUGUUUUGCGUUGGCAAUUUACAGGUUAAAGACAGUCCCCCAUAUCAUCUGGUGGUUUUUUUUAAAAAUAUUUGAAAAAGGGGAUUAUUGAACAGAAUUUGUGGUGUUCACCCUGUCAUUGAAAGAAAUGGUUAUUUUAUGUAUUUGUUUUGUUGUACAGACGUUUUGUAAUAAAAAGAUGAAACACAA